CCAGGAUAGCUGUCAUGUGUCCCCUCCUCUUCCUUCUGAAACUCUCCAUAAAAGUACAAAAGGCCCCCCACCUUCUUCUUCUACAUUGGCAUCGCCCUCUUCUAAUUAGUAAUUAUCACAAACGUAAAAAAGAAAGAGGAAUACCCACUCUCUCCUCCGAUCGCCAAAAUAAUACAAAAUUAAGCAGCUGAGCUAUGGCUAAGAAGAGGAAGUCCGCAGCGACGAGCCUGGACGAGGUGGAUCGGACCAUGUACGCGUCGUUUUGCAGCGCAGCUAACUCUCUCUCCCAACUCUAUACCCAGGCCAUGAACCACCAGAAACUCUCCUUCCAAGCCGGUGAACGACAAGGCCUUAAAUCUUUAUUGAAGUGUGAUAUUGAGAUACUUGAAGAUGUAGAACAGGAAAAACUCUAUCAAUGGAUCCGGAGACAACAAGAAGAAGGAUCUAGAGUUACAACAGUUGAUAUUCUCAAUUACAUUCAGAAUGAGCUGGACUACUGUGGGGAGGAGCCAUCAAUGUCCCCUAGAGUUCCAGUGCAACAUCAGUAUUCUCAACCAGUAACAAAUUUCAUGAACUCUGGUUUCCCAAUCUCGUCAGGCUCAUCUUGCCCAACAACUGCUGUGCAAGGAAUUCGUUCCGAGCACUGUGACCAGCAAUCCAAGAACUCAGUGUUCUCGAAUGCUUUAUCAAGCCCCGUUCGUCAGAGUCUUCAGCAUUAUCACAUUACUCGGGGAGGGUAUUGCCCAAAUGGUGGUCUUCCCUUAGGGAAUGGAGCCAGGAAUAAUGAACCCACAAUUAUUAAUAACCAGAGCAGGGAUUCUAGUGCUCUGAAUCUCAGUUCCAACGAUUCUGCCAUGGACAUGCACGCAGAUAGUCCUGCUCAUGAAUUCAUUUACUGAUAUUUUGCCCAUUUCACUUGUCCCUUGCCAUGGAGUUCAACUGUUCAAGACUAGGGAAGAAUUAUGGUGAUAUGAAGCUCUUUUGUUCGUUUCCCAUAAGAAAUGAAAGCACUGGAUGGAAAUGAUACCGUGACCUCUUAAUUUACUUCUCUUGCUGUCGUUGAAGAUUGAUUUGGGUCUUCUGUAUCUUCUGUAAAGCGUUAUUGUUGAAUAUAUCUUUAACAAUUAAACUGGCACCUAUGGUUUUACUUACCAAAAAGAGGCACCAAUGUUUUUGUUUUUUA